CUUCACACUGCAUCGUUUCGCAUUUCACCGUCCUCUAGUGGAAAGUUAUUAAGACGGCAUUCCUAUCUAGCGAAUCGUUCCAGUCAUCCCGCAUUACCCACGUCCAUCUCGAAUCCUACGUGUUCCGAUUAUCCAUUGCAAGCAUCCAGCGGAUUCUAUCGUGAAUCGAGUAUGCCUCCGCUCACCACCAUAUCCACGUCUAAUCAUCACACUUACAAUGUGCCGACCGCAGCAGCCGUCGGUUCCGGUGUGCUUCAGUCGAUGAAUCGCCCUUUGAAUGCUGCAGAUUUACGCUCGAUGCCUAGUGCGUGUUUCACUGCUGAACAAAUGCCACCACCACCACCAUCGUCACACUACUCACCGAUGACUGCAGAGGGUGACAUCGGCUUUGGCGCUGCCAAUAUGGCUAGUAGCGAUAAUCGCAUCAUCCAUCCGACUGCAUUUCCAUGUUCAACGUCGCAACAACCGGCUCGAUUNAGUGGUUCAAUGACACCGCUGUCGAAACGCAGAGUGCGAUCGUCGACAAUGAAACGACCGAAAAGUGCCAUCCAAAUGAUGGCCUCAGGUCAUGGCUCCUCGGACUUUUACGGCACCGGAACCUACGGAGGUUCACAAGCGUCAGCAACGAUUCAUUCAUUGCAUUCUCUGGAUUCCGUGCAGCCGUUGACGAUCAACAAGGAGGAANCUGGUUCUGUGUGA